CGUCACAGGAGGCCUAAUAGGAACUAGCAGCGACGUAAGCGUCUCCCUUAUUUGUGUACCUCAUCACAACAACCUUAUCAACAAUAUAUUGUCGUUUCCUUAUUUCGUCUGUAGAAUGGAAGGGUGAUAGUAGCAAGUGUUAUUCACGUGUGUCAUAGGAUGGCAGAUAAAAGUACCAAGCGCGAUAUAAGUCUAGUACUACAGUGUGAAUGGGGCUCUUGCACUCACGUAUCGUCCAGGGUGGAAGAUUUUUGCACCCAUGUCUCGGAACAUCUCCGGCAGCACCAGCAUGAGACAAUGGAGGAAGCCGUGGACUGUGAAGAUGAAUACUGUUGCCUUUGGCUAGGAUGUGGAUUCUUCUCACCAGACAGAGCAGAUUUUGUACGACAUGUUUACUUUCAUUGCUACCACACCAGACUGAAACAGUAUGGCCUACAGGCCCUUCAGAGUCAACCUGACCUCAUCCCCUGUCAACUGGACACUCAAACUUGCAACGUCAUUCCAGAACUACAAGAUGGCUUCAUUUGUUUGUGGGACCAGUGUGAGACCUCCUAUGACAAUGCAGAGUGGUAUUACAGACAUGUCGACACACAUGGUCUUAGUGCUGAAUAUGAGGUGGCCGGGAAAGAAAACCGAGUGUUACUCUGUGGCUGGAAAGAAUGUGAUCUUUCCUGUAAAAGUCGAUGGAAGUUGCGUGAGCAUCUGCGUAGCCAUACACAGGAGAAGGUGGUUUCCUGUCCCAACUGUGGUGGAAUGUUUGCCAACAACACAAAAUUUUAUGACCAUCUUAGAAGGCAAACCUCAUUAGAAGAACAUCGUUUCCAGUGCUCUCACUGCUCAAAGAGAUUUGCAACAGAGCGACUUCUACGGGACCACAUGAGAAAUCAUGUGAAUCAUUACAAGUGUCCGUUGUGUGACAUGACCUGCCCACUUCCCUCCAGCCUGCGAUCACACAUCCGCUUCCGGCACAGUGAUGAACGUCCAUUUAAGUGCCAGCAUUGCGAAUACAGCUGUAAGAAUCUUGUGGAUUUAAGGCGACACCAAGACACACACAGCAAGAUGCCAGCAUACUGCUGUGACUAUGAGGAGUGCACCUUCACUGCUCGCUCUAUGUCUUCCAUUAAGGCUCAUCACAAAAAGUUUCAUGAGGGGGAUUGUGAGCCCAGAUACAAAUGCCAUGUUUGUGAGAAAUGCUUCACUCGUGGAAACAACCUUACAGUUCAUCUACGCAAGCAACACCAGUUUAAGUGGCCCUCAGGGCAUCCACGUUUCAGGUACAAGGAGCAUGAUGAUGGCUUCCUGCGCUUGCAGCUGGUGCGAUAUGAAAGCGUAGAACUUACUGAGCAGCUUAUGAAGGAACGUGAGAGGCAGGGUGCUCCAAUGGAUGCAACCACCACUUGUUUGGUGCUGAGUACAGGCGAGAGCUUAGAGUCUGAUGAAGGAGUUUAUGAGAGAGCUGUGACUGAGAAAGAUUGUGCUUUACUUUCAGAGUGAUGGGAUCACAUUAUUUUGGAUAAAACUCCUUUGCAAUGUGAGAGUGAUUUGGACUUUAGAAACAAGUUUGCCGCUCAAGGUGCUCAACAUUGCACAAGUUUUUUGUGUGUUUUGUUUUUUAUGAGUGGAGGCUCAUUCGUGUUUUUUCAGAGCAAAAUCUCUGACAUCUGUGACACAGAAUGAGAAAACUCCUUACUAGCCGAUAAUCUUAUAAUAAAAGACCCAAAACAUGCAUUUUCAUUCCAGCAAGUCUUGGGUUUAUGUAUGUUUGAAAACCUACUUCACUUUUCUAAGUUUCAUCUUGUGCUUCCCUACUGGAUUGUCCCUCAGUUCUCAUUGCUAUGGAAGGAUAAGACAGACAGCCUUGUCCCUGCUGCUCAGAAGAUGCUUUCUACACCGUCUUUAUUCUGGAAAAGAUCCUCUCAUGACUCCUUUCUCUCCAGAUUUAGUAUCUACCAUUCAUCGUUGCCUGUUCCAAAAUAAAUAUUUCAAGUUGA